CUGUUUGCAAUCCAAACUUUAGUUAGCCUUAGUAGUCCGACAGCAGCAGUCGCAGACAGACAGGCCUAAGCCCGUGGUCGAGACACAAAGCUCUCGCAGACUUACGCUAGCUAAGCGCGCAGUGAACUUCAGUUCAGGCGAUACCCAGUGGAGUGUUCAAAAGUCGAAGAAAUGGCCGUCGCAGCAGCUCAGAAAAACCGCGAGAUGUUCGCCAUCAAGAAGUCCUACAGCAUCGAGAACGGCUACCCCUCUAGGCGUCGUUCUCUAGUCGACGAUGCUCGUUUUGAAACACUCGUUGUCAAACAGACCAAGCAAAGUGUACUAGAAGAGGCUCGUGCCCGCGCCAAUGACUCUGGCUUGGACUCUGAAUUCAUCCAAGAUGGAGUACCUAUUGGAAACGGCGAUAAAACACCAACUGUUGAAGACGGUACUCAACAAGACGAAACUAAGAAUGGUCAACUCGCUGAUGCAGACAUUGGUGACGAUGCCUCCAAGACCGAUGAGGAUUAUACCUUGACCGAAGAAGAAGUAAUUCUGCAAAACGCUGCCAGUGAAUCUCCUGAAGCCGAACAGGCUAUUCAACAAGCUGCUCUACUGUUGCGUAUGCGCGACGGAAUGGGAUCGUUAGCGCGUAUCCUGAAAACUAUCGAUAACUAUAAGGGUUGUGUGCAACACCUCGAAACACGUCCUUCUCAAGUCACUGACGUUCAAUUCGAUGCUCUUGUGAAAGUGAGCAUGUCUCGUAUCAAUCUACUGCAGCUAAUAAGAUCUCUUCGUCAAUCCACCGCUUUCGCCGGAGUAAGCCUCAUGAGUGAGAAUAUCUCUAACAAAACUCCAUGGUUCCCUCGCCAUGCAUCCGAUCUCGAUAAUUGCAAUCACUUAAUGACUAAAUAUGAGCCAGAAUUGGACAUGAACCAUCCUGGUUUUGCCGAUAAGGAAUACAGAGAACGCCGAAAGCAGAUUGCCGAGAUCGCUUUCGCUUAUAAAUACGGUGAUCCGAUCCCAUCUAUCACAUACAAGGAAACCGAGAAUGCGACCUGGCAACGAGUUUUCAACACUGUAUUGGAUCUGAUGCCCAAACAUGCUUGUAGAGAGUACAAAGCAGCUUUUACAAAGCUUCAAGAGGCUGAUAUCUUUGUUCCUCAUCGCAUUCCUCAGUUGGAAGACGUUAGCAACUUCCUACGCAAACAUACCGGUUUCACCCUGCGUCCAGCAGCUGGUCUUCUUACCGCUCGUGACUUUUUGGCUUCGUUGGCGUUCCGCGUAUUCCAGUCUACGCAAUAUGUGCGCCACGCUAACUCUCCGUUCCAUACCCCCGAACCUGACUGCAUUCAUGAACUUCUGGGACACAUACCUUUGUUAGCUGACCCCAGCUUCGCUCAAUUCUCCCAAGAAAUUGGUCUCGCAUCUCUUGGCGCUUCUGAUUCAGAAAUUGAAAAGCUCUCUACCGUGUAUUGGUUCACCGUGGAAUUCGGACUUUGCAAAGAGAAUCACCAACUAAAAGCCUAUGGUGCCGCUCUCCUUUCUUCGAUUGGUGAACUUCUGCAUGCAUUGAGCGACAAACCUGAGCUCAGACCCUUCGAGCCAGCUUCUACUUCGGUGCAGCCCUACCAAGAUCAGGAAUACCAACCCAUCUAUUAUGUCGCUGAAAGCUUCGAAGAUGCCAAAGACAAAUUCAGACGUUGGGUUUCUACCAUGUCACGACCCUUCGAGGUCCGCUUCAACCCUCACACUGAGCGCGUUGAAGUACUCGAUUCUGUCGACAAACUGGAGACUCUGAUCUGGCAGCUGAACACGGAGAUGCUGCAUCUUACUAACGCCGUCAAGAAGCUCAAGGGCACGCAUUUUGAAUGAUCACCCUGUCUGACAUACACAUAAAUGGUUCAGUGCACGCGGCCUCGCCGCAUUCUGUAUAGUUAGUGAUAUUAUAGUGUAAGACUUAUUGGCGUGUGUGUAGCGUGUAUGCGAGUGUGAGACCAUCGGAUGGUACUACGUUGAAUAUCUUUUUGUACCUUAUUGUAUUAUUUAUUGCCGAGUUCAUUGCCCGGGCCGCGAAAUCUGUACAGACCUCCUGAUUGCCCAUUUAAGGAGUCUGUGUUGGUUUAGUGAGACCCUAACUACUAGUAUUAUUUAUAAUUAAAAAAAAACACUACGAAUAAAAAUGGAGCACCAAAAAGACAAAAAAUCAAACAAAAUAUA